CUGAGUAAGCAGCUGACGAGACAGACUGACAAGCGGAGCACGAGACAUGCUCCGGUCAGGGACACCACACUCCUCCCUAAUUAACGACCUAAUUAAUUAAUAUAUAUUAAGCGCGAGAUGCACCGACGCGAGCUCUGUAACAUAGCUCAUUAACAUCGCUCGCUCACUCGCUCGCUCAUAUCAAUAGUAUCGAUAUACCGUACGUAUCGCGCCCGACUAUUAUAACCGCGACUAACAAUAAGUAAAAGUGUACAAGAAUCUGUGAAAUAUAUCAAUUUAUACCUAACCGUCCGGGAGUGUCUUAUUUCGAGCGUGGAUCCUAAUUUUUUGGGCGUAUAAAUCCCUAAAGACCUCUUCCUUAGCGGCUAGAGGCACAACACUACUUAUUGUUAGUUUAAAUUUAGUAUCAAUUAUUAUGAUAUAAACACACUGAUCAUGUAUUAACUCCCACAAAAAUGAAAAAAUGAAAACAAAAUAUAUGUUAACAAUUAUAUUAUAUAAAUAUUAAAUACAUAGAAUAGGAAACUAUAUAUGCAUAUUGUAAAUUGCAAAAAUGUUAAAACACUUCGCAAUAUUCAUUCUUGUAAAUCUAAUCUGCGCUCUAAUUGGGUUCAAUUGUGGCGGACAACACCUUAAUGUUACUUCAAUAUCACUGCUCGAUGUUGGUGAAUGCAACCUCAAUUAUCGAAAACCCAAUACAAGUGAAACCUACGUUCAACUUUUGCAACUUUCUGACUAUAAUCACGCUGAAAUCAUUCAAUGCAAAGUAGAGGUAUCACGGGAAAUCUACCAUUAUGGAAUGCAUUCACACGUCUCAGUCGUUCAUAGAGCUCUGUUAUACGGCACCCUUAAUCGGGUUUAAUAACAUUCGUAGUUGUAAAACUGGCCAAUCACAGCUAUUCUUCUGAAGAAUGGAAUGACUGUGAUUGGCCAGCCUUGGAACUACGGAUGUUAUUAAACCCGAUUAAGGGUGACGUGUAAACGUAGUCAGUAAGGAAGAGUGGAGUUCAUUCACGAAACUGGAUAUACACCAUGUCGAAGAAUGAUUCAAGAUGGAAUUUUUUCAUUGGGAGCUGGCAAUAUCAUCCAUGGUCUGAGAGUUAACGAAACCUCUUUCCAUAAUCUUACCCUGACCAGACGUAUCAACAAUGACGGAAGCUGCAAGGGUACUCAAUAUUCUGACCCUCAUGGUACAUGGGACGAUGUUGUAGUUCAAGCUGUUGUCAAGAUAUCCUUGAAAUCAGCACACGUUCCUGUACAACUAAAUUCCAGGAAGAUAAUGUUGAGAUCCAGAACUGUUUGCGCUCUUAGUGAAAGUUUCUACAUCGAUUUAAACGAUAGCUAUACGUAUUGGAAACAAAUAACAACAUCAUCCUGCAAUUUUCAUCAAUAUGAUGUCCUCUAUGAAUGACCAGCAAUCAAAAUUGUGGAUGAUAUAACCGACCCUGCAUCCCUAAUUCUCUACAGCCUAACAACGGAGGACAUUACCUUUGCUCUUACCAAAACGAAGGAGCAACCCCUGUGCGGAUAUACCUUACUCUGCACAGAACAUCCAAAACUUUUCAUCUUUGAAACUAAAAAGGAAAAUACCUUCGCCAGUCGGGAUAUCAUUUCCGUGGACAAUUUGGACACUUUUGCAUAUAUGAAUUUCAAAUUCGUAUAUGUAGAAAAACAUAUCCGACACCAGAUGACCUUACUACAUCAUAAUGUGAUGCAGCAGAAGUGCGAAUUGGAAAGACAGGUAAUAACCAAUGCCUUGUCUUUCGCUACUCUUCAACCUGACGAAUUCGCAUAUCAACUCAUGAAGGAACCGGGCUAUAUGGCGGUCACAACUGGAGAAGUUACGCAUAUUGUUAAAUGCAUACCAGUGGAGGUCGUAAUAAGAAAACAGAGGAAUGUUACACAGAACUACCAGUAAUUGUACGUAAUAUUUCCUUGUUUCUUACCCCUAAAUCUCGAAUAAUCACUAAAUUCGGGAAUCAAAGGAAAUGUAGCUAGGAACUACCUACAAUAUAUCGCAUAAAAAAUACUUGGGUUCAAUUCACACCUGAACCUCAAGUAAGACAACUACCUCCUCAGCAAUUACGGCCAUUGACAACCCUAUCCUAGGAUUAUUUGACACCAGGACCCCUUGCCAUCAGCGGAAUAUAAUCCAAGAAGGAUAUAAAGAAGCUGAGAAAUCACAUUAUGUUCGCCGCAGAAAAACCUGCACUCCUCAAUACAAUUGCUAGAGGAUUCAUUGGCCAUUUCAUCGAUACAAACGCAAUCUCCAUGUACAACUUGCUAAAUGAAGCUUUUUUUAAUAAAAUAGUAGAGAAUGCCGCUUCCCGAGUAUGGAAUGGAUUCAUCACAUUUGGUUUUGCAACCGCAGGCAUAUUCAGCAUCAUGAUAAUCAUCCGCAUUAUAAAGAUUAUUGUUGAUACAACCAUUCAUGGAUAUGCCUUAUGGAUGGACAUCCAUACUGCUUAUGGAUGGAGUUUACAUUUACUGGGAGCCGUCUGGAGCUCUCUCACUCAUUUGUUACUUCAUCUUGCACGUGGACUAAUUAACAAAAACCCCAACAAUGAAGAUGACGGACCAUCACCAUCCGCACCUGAAGAAUCACCCUUAUCGCCCUCAGAACCACCAACGAUUGAUAAUUCUCUAAACCCAAACGAAAAUGCUGGAUCCAACAUCGAAUCAGCAACCAUAGAUAUUACUCUCAGAAUUCAUAUAUUUAAAAAUCUGACAAACCGAUUGAAAGGUCUCGAACAAAUCACUACGAAAACAUUAUAAUUUGUUCUUAAAUAAGGGGGGAGGUGUGACGUCCCGUCAUUUUCGAAACCAUAUUUUAACUAAUAAUUAAGUACCGUUUCUAUUCUUGUAUUAUACCUAUGGAAUAUAGAACAAUUUUUUAACCAUUUUCUUUUAUUUCAGUUAUUAAUCAAUUUCAUCAAUUGCUUAUUGUUUUAGUUCUAUAUGGUUAUUUAACUUAGAAAUUAACUAUAUUUUAGUUUUUUAAAUAAUAAUAAUCGAUUGCGCAAGGAAUUGAAGAUUCCUUGGACCGACCAAUCAGAAGGCUUUAUUUAGAACUAGGUAGUUGCGCAGUAGUAACUUUCUAGAACUGACGGACGGUUACUUUAAGAACAGGCUUGCGAGCGAACUUUAACAUAAUCAGCGAUAC